UGUAACCAAGAGAACGCUUCGCUUUUCUCAUUUCUGUUAGUGUUUUGUUGUCGAGCCCGUUGUUGUUAACGGCCUUUCUUACAGAAAAUACAGUUCUAGAUUUCACAUUUCUUAUUUACACUAGACAAGUGCUGCAAGAUACACGCGCGAGUGUGGUUAGGUAACAAGUUAAAGUUUUAACACGUUACCUGCAAUGUAAACGAUUGUAAGUCAAUAAAGGUCGGGAUAGAAAGAUAGCUUCUGAAUUAAACUGUCUCUGCAGACAGUCAGAUCGAUGGCUUUACCGACGCUUUCGGCGCGCUGGCCGGGUCGGGUGGGAGCUCUGGAGAGGCAGCUGGUUCGGCAGCGCGAGCAGGAGGCUCGAUUGAGGCAGCAGUGGGAGCUGCACUCUCAGUACUUCAAAGAGCAGGAGGUCCGCGGCAGCAGACAAGCACACUGGAGCUCAAGGCAGUCCUUCCAGCGCAGUAUGUCAGCGUUUCAGAGGGAGCGGUUGAAAGAAGAGAAGGAGCGGAAGUUGCAGGAGCGCCGAGCGCGUCUGAUGACAAUGCUUCAGGAGGAGAGAGACCAAUUAGAGGCCGAGCUCAAAAAUGUUCUCCCAGACAGAGCCACACAGACCAAAGAGUUAGUAGAAAAAACAGAUGCCCUCCGGUCUGCAAGAGAAGAGAGAAGGAAAAAUCUGGCACAGGAGCUGCUAAGAGAGCACUGGAAGCAAAACAACUCUGAAUUGCAGAAGGUUGAGUCACAGCUGCACAAAGAUCAUGUUGUGAGCCAGUGGCAAGCCCAACAGCAGGAGAAAAAACAGGCUGAGGAGAGAGCUCAGGAGGAGAAACGGCGUGUGGAGAACGAGUAUGAGAAAGCCAGACAGGAGGCUUUGGAAAGAAUGAAGAAAGAAGAGGAAAAGAGAAAGCAGGAGGAGAUAACACGUGCCGAGGACCUCCGUAAACAGAUGGAGGAGCUCAAACUACAGGAACAAGAAGCCGAGCGUCUAAAGCAGGAACAGAAGGCUCUUUUGUCUCAGUGCUGGGAGCUUGAGAAGCUCGAAGAUGAGAGGAGGAGGAUGGAGGAAACCAGGAGGAAAACUGAGUUUGGGCAUUUCUUGACUCGGCAGUACCGCGCACAGCUGAAAAGAAGAGCACAGCAGGUGCAGGAGGAGCUGGAGGCAGACCGUAAGAUCCUGGCAGCGCUGGUGGAAGGAGAUCUGGAGGAGCAGAAGCUGGAGAAAGCCAGGAGAGAGAGAGCCGUUGCUGACGCCGCAUGGAUGAAGAGAGUCAUUGAGGAGCAGCUUCAACUGGAGAAGGAGAGGGAGGCGGAGUUUGAUAUUUUAUAUCGAGAGGAGGCUCAGCGUGUUUGGGAGAAGAGAGAGUCAGAGUGGGAGAAAGAGAAGAGAGCCAGAGAGAGACUCAUGCGGGAGGUCCUGGCUGGACGUCAGCAGCAGUUGGAGGAACGGAUGCACGAGAACAGGCUGGCGAGGGAGGAGUCUCUUCAGAGGAGAGAGGAGCUCAUCCAACAGCUGGACCAGGAGAGACUCACCCAACGCCAGGAGAAAGAGGUGCAGGAGGGAGCCCGUACUGCACGCAUGCAGGAGAUCAAUGCACAGGUGGAGAAAAGGCACAAGGAACAGUGGGAGGAGCAACGGAGACGUGAGCAAGAAGAAGAGCAGGAGAGGGAGGAGCUUAAGCAGCAGGAGGAAGAGCUUCAUCUUGAGACUGAGAGAUUGAUUCGACAGGGUUACCGGGAGAGAAUUCACAGCAGACCCCGGUCAGCAUGGACAUGAGAGCACUUUACACGGGAAUCUUCGUGCCACAUUUUUUUAGGAUAAGAAAAUAGUAACAUGUUUUGGAAUACACCUUGUGUCCAUGUUGAACUUGCCCACUUCGGGCUUAUAUUAAAGUUGGUUUAGAGCUAGAGCGCUUCCCCUUCAGUAAUGCUAUUUAUAUGACCCAUGCAUUUUUAUCAUCUUUAAUAAAUCGUUCUUAUUUUUACAUUUUGUUGCAUUGGUGUUGAGGUUUCACAUAUUGUAGGUUU